AUGAUGUAAUAAGCUAAUUUAAAGUUAAAAUGUUAAGAAGAUGAUCAUAAAGAUGAGAUUGAUUUUAUUUGUUAUAAUGAGUUUUGUCCAGGAUUUCGAUUAAAUUGUUUUGAUUGUUUUAAAAAGGGAACCCAUCAUAACCAUUUUGAUGAUGUUAAAAAAAUGAAUACUUUAAUUCCAUUUCUAGAAGGUAAUAAUAAAGAGUGCGAUAAUUUGAUUGAUGAUCUUAACAAAUAUAUACAAAGUGUGAAUCAAUCAUUCUCUUAAUUAAUAAGAGGAAUCAGAAAUAAAUAUUCAUUAUUAAAAGAAAGAAUAGUGAAUUUGAAUUCUUAUUAAAUAAAUGAUUAUUUGAAUUCAACUGUCAAGUUAACUGAAUAUAAAUAAUCAAUUUCAAAAAUCAUUGAAGAAUAGGUUAAAAAAUUAACUCAUUCAUUUAAUAAUUUAUAUGAAUAAUUAUAGUUAACUUCAUUUAAUUAUUAUUAAAUUGAUGAGAAUGACAUUAAAUUAUCUGAAGAUCUUUACAAUUAAGGUAAUCUUAAUAUUAAUUUUAGGAUACAAAUUAUAUUUGGAUGAUAAAUAUAAAGAGGCAUUAGAAUUAUUGGACAAAUCAAUUUUAAUAAAUGGUAAUAAUUAGAAAUCAUUAUUCUACAAAGGUGAAAAUACUAUAUUAUUAAUAGGUGCAUGUUUAAAAUUUUUGAAUAAAUAUGAGGAUGCAAUUACUUGGUUAGACAAAGCAUUAGCUAUUGAUCCCAAACAUGUUGAUUCCUUAAGUGAUAAAGGUAGAUUUCAUCAUUUUUAUAUUAAUAGGUGCAUGUUUAAAAAUGUUGAAUAAAUAUGAGGAUGCAAUUACUUGGUUGGACAAAGCAUUAGCUAUUGAUCCCAAACAUGUUUUUUCCUUAAGUGAAAAAGGUAGAUUUCAUCAUUUUUAUAUUAAUAGGCUAAUGUUUAAAAAUGUUGGAUAAAUAUGAGGAUGCAAUUACUUGGUUAGACAAAGCAUUAGCUAUUGAUCCCAAACAUGUUUUUUCCUUAAGUGAUAAAGGUAGAUUUCAUCAUUUUUAUAUUAAUAGGUGCAUGUUUAAAAAUGUUGGAUAAAUAUGAGGAUGCAAUUACUUGGUUGGACAAAGCAUUAGCUAUUGAUCCCAAACAUGUUUUUUCCUUAAGUGAUAAAGGUAGAUUUCAUCAUUUUUAUAUUAAUAGGUGCAUGUUUAAAAAUGUUGGAUAAAUAUGAGGAUGCAAUUACUUGGUUGGACAAAGCAUUAGCUAUUGAUCCCAAACAUGUUUUUUCCUUAAGUGAUAAAGGUAGAUUUCAUCAUUUUUAUAUUAAUAGGUGCAUGUUUAAAAAUGUUGGAUAAAUAUGAGGAUGCAAUUACUUGGUUGGACAAAGCAUUAGCUAUUGAUCCCAAACAUGUUUUUUCCUUAAGUGAUAAAGGUAGAUUUCAUCAUUUUUAUAUUAAUAGGUGCAUGUUUAAAAAUGUUGGAUAAAUAUGAGGAUGCAAUUACUUGGUUGGACAAAGCAUUAGCUAUUGAUCCCAAACAUGUUUUUUCCUUAAGUGAUAAAGGUAGAUUUCAUCAUUUUUAUAUUAAUAGGUGCAUGUUUAAAAAUGUUGGAUAAAUAUGAGGAUGCAAUUACUUGGUUGGACAAAGCAUUAGCUAUUGAUCCCAAACAUGUUUUUUCCUUAAGUGAUAAAGGUAGAUUUCAUCAUUUUUAUAUUAAUAGGUGCAUGUUUAAAAAUGUUGGAUAAAUAUGAGGAUGCAAUUACUUGGUUGGACAAAGCAUUAGCUAUUGAUCCCAAACAUGUUUUUUCCUUAAGUGAUAAAGGUAGAUUUCAUCAUUUUUAUAUUAAUAGGUGCAUGUUUAAAAAUGUUGGAUAAAUAUGAGGAUGCAAUUACUUGGUUGGACAAAGCAUUAGCUAUUGAUCCCAAACAUGUUUUUUCCUUAAGUGAUAAAGGUAGAUUUCAUCAUUUUUAUAUUAAUAGGAGAAUGUUUAAGAUAAAUGAAGUAAUAUGAUAAGUCUGAAAAAGUUCUACAAUUUGCACUUUCUAUUAAUCCCAACCACACAUUUAGUCUUGAUAACCUUGGUAUUUGUUAAUUCCUAUCAAGGAAACUGUUUACAAGAUUAAGAAAAAUAUUAAGAAGCUCUGAUAUAUUAUGAAAGAAAAUUAAAAUUUAACCCAAAUGAUUAAUGGACUAAAAAUUAAAAGGGUAUUCUAAUUUGUUAAUCUAGAAUUUUGUCAACAGAAAUUGAAAUAAUGA